AUGAUUUUCUCAUGGCUUCGCAGCUCAGCAAUCCCAUUGCUUUUGUCAACUGUUAUCGCCCUCGACCUUCCCAUUUAUCCUGGGCUCCGAACAAACCAAUCGCGGCCAGGCGUCCUUGAAAUUGCCUUUAACAACACAAAAUCUGAAGUGAACGUUUGGAGUCAGGACGCUCUGUCUGGACUUUCUGAUGUAGUUCAAAAACUACAAAAUGACACUGAGAUCAAAGUCGUCUUAUUUACGAGCGAUGUCCCACUAUAUUUCUUGAAUCAUCUGGACCUCCUCAUCCAACCUUUCGGUCAACACUCCCCCUCAGGGAUUGCCGAAUCAGGAUAUGCCAUUAUUUUUGAGGCUAUUCCUGGAUAUGAUUGGCUGAUCCGAUCUGAGUUGAUUGGCCGGAUAACAUAG